AGUGAACCGCGAAAUUUGAUGUUGCAAUCACAUCAUGAUGAAUGUCCUAGUUUCUCCUAUUCUCGUACGCCAUACAUCUGCAUAUUGCGCUCACUGGCGUCUUUAUUCUCAAGCUGUCGAUAAGACGCUUUUGUAUAAGUUGCGCAAAGCUACUGGUUAUACUUUUUCGGCCUGCAAAGAAGCUCUCAUCAAACAUGAGAAUGACCUCGACAAGGCUAAGGAAUGGCUUGCAGCAGAAGCUGUCAAAAGAGGUUGGGAUAAAGCUGGUAAACUGUCUGGACGGUCGAUGAAUGAGGGUCUUUUGGGACUACUUGGCACCCGAAACCGUGCCGUUAUUGUUGAAGUCAAUUGUGAAACCGAUUUCGUUGCGCGAAACAAUUCUUUCCAGUCGUUAGUUGCCACAGCCGCAGAGACUGUGAUGCAUCAUUAUACUGAGCCUACCCGGAUCUCUUUGGCUUCUGACCGCCUCAAUAUGUUGGUUACCUCUAACAACUCCACUCUUCAAGACAUAGUGGCUGCUGCCAUAGGAUCUAUUGGCGAAAGUAUUAGGCUAAGAAGAGCUGUAGGAAUUUGUGUUCCUGAUAAUUCAAAAUCAAGUCGUUUGGCCAUUUAUUCUCAUGUGAGCACAGAAGGUAUAGUGCAAGGAAUAAGGGAAGUUCGUUUUGGAAAAUACGCCGCUGUUAUUCGGUACAGACCAUUGAAUAACAAGCCCGCCAAUGAUGCUUGGCAUGAACGAGCUGCUCGUUUGGGUAGACAAGUAUGCCAACAUAUUGUUGGUAUGAAUCCAAAUCCCGACUUGGAACAUGUUGAACACCCAACUCCAGAUUCAGGAGAAGAGAAAUGUCUUCUUUUACAACCUUUCUUAUUGGAUGAAACUAUUAGUGUAGGAGAACAUUUGUUAAGGAAUGAAAUGGUGCUUGAAGAUUUUGUUCGUGUUGAAUGUGGAGAAAAUGAUCGAGAUAUUUCAUCAAGUGAAAGUCAGGCAACAACUGUACAACCAUCUUAGACAUGUAUAUGUAUACUGAAUGGUAUGGUAAUCUUCACAUAAAUUGACUAUCACGAUUCACUUACUUAUUUUGUUAUUGUACAGAAUUGGCCAAUAUUGACAUUAAUGUAUAUUCUUUGAAUAUCUUUGAGGCAUUUGGUGAUAUAGUCUCAGGCGUUUGCUCAUGUACACACACUAACAUUGUCCUCGUCAUAUACGUUUUUAGUUUUCUUUCCCCUCACUAUUAAACGUAUUUAGUUUAACCUUCAAACCGAGCUAUAUUGUUCUUCUAAAGUUUUUUUUGUAUGUGUGUGUUCAUAUUGUUCACUUCUUGUCAUACUUGUGUGUUACUCUUUUGUUUUUUUUUCCGUGAAUAUUUUACGUUCACUGUACGUAGGAUAUGGGUUAAAUAUAUAAAAAAGGCUGCACUACUUUUUUAAAGAAGAUUUUUAUGCGUGUGUGUUAGUGUGGUCUUUAGCCUUUAUGUGACAUUAACUUCAAAAAAUGGACUAUACUCUUUUCACACCAUAACUAAUUGUCAAUGUGGAUUCUCUUCGAAAUUUUUGUUCGAAUAACGUUCUAGAGUUUUGAUUUUAAAGUAAUAAGGUUUCUGAAAAUUCCUCUACUUUGUAAGUAAAUGGGAUCAGCUUUAAUGCAUGUAUUAUUACUAUU